GAGUUGGUUAUGUCAAAGACGCAAGAGGAUGUCAAACCUGCAAAUGUCAUACAUGUAAGUUAAAUAAUUUCGCGCAUGCAGUGUAGUUCCUUCAAAGAUGUCAUAAUGACGAAUUCUUGUUUGUCUCUCUAUUAUACAGGAUGUAUAAAAAACUGAACAGAUUUAAAAUUUCUCUCAAUUUCACAAAACAGCUAUUAGUAUCCAGUCUUUGAUAUACAUAGCUUCUUUGGGUACUUAUAAUGUAGAAUAAUAAUAAAAAAUUCUCAAACUCAAAUUUUGAAAUCCAGGGCGUGUGCCUUUUCCAACAAAUUAAAAAUGCCUCGCGCACCAGAUUUAAAAGCUAUGGGUGAAAAUUGUGUUGGGUGUUGUUUAAUUGCUGGACGAAAUUUCAGACAAUAUAUGCUUCAGUUUAAGCCUUUUGACUAUUCUCGCAAACUUACAUUUUUUCCUAAAAAACAGCUUUUAAAUUUGCCUAAUUUGGAUUUUGCAUGCAGCAAUAUGCAACUGAUUAGGUAAAAGCAUUAAUUAAACAAAUACAAAACGCUGAUUUUUAAGAAAAAAUGAAUAGCUAAAGGGCUUAUUAACCUAUAUAGCAACUUGUCUGAAAUUGUGUGCAGUAAUUAAAAACCCAACCAAUUUCCAAUCCAUUAACUUAAAAUACGAUUAAAGCUUUUAAAUUUUGUGCUCAAGCCAUUUUUAGUUUGUUGGAAAAACAACACACGCUGGUUUACAAAAUUUGCGUUUGAGUAUUUUUUUCAUUAUUCUACAUUAUGGUUACUCAAGAAAUCCAUUAUAACAGAAACUUGAUACCACGAAAUGUUUUCGAAAUUCAGAGCAAUUUCAAAUCUGUUCAGUUUUCUUACGUCAACCUGUUUCAUCCAAGAGGAAUCAUCACGUGGCUCACUUGCCGUGUUGGCUCAUCAAGGAGCCACCUGAUAAUUCAUCUUGGAUGAAAUAGGCUGUUAUGCCAACCUUUUGUCUUUCGAGGUUAAAAAACAAUAUAUCCGCUCUAUUUAUAUGAUAUCGAGCACUCUUUAGCAUUUUGUGAAUCAAAACUCACUCGUUUGGUCCAAGUAUAUAUUACACGCAGAUGACACUUUUACCCACUUUGAAUUCGGCUAUUUACGAAUUAACUGAAGCAGUAUAUAGAAUAUUGGACUCAUCACUCAUUAUAUUUCAACUGACUGAUGCAGCAUUGAAACUAGAAUAUUUAUUACAUAAUUACUCAGGCCAACGGCAUUAUUGGAUAUAUUGCAGCCAGCUGAGGCCGAAGGCCGAAGCUGGCUGCAAUAUAUCCAAAUAAUGCCGUUUGGCCUCAGUAAUGAUCUAUUAUAAUUAAUGACCCGAAUCAAAAGUAAUUUUUUUCGGCUGGAAGAUUACUAACGUUGCUGCUUGUCAGAAAUGUAUGACAAUAAACCUAUCCAACUUGCACUGGACAUUUGUAAGGACAUGCAUAUAAACAUAUAUUAGGAACGGUAAUGCAUCGUGAUAGAACAGAUUUCAAUUUAAUUAAUCGCCGUAAAUUAAAAUCUCCACAAGCGGAGGUCAGUUAGGGAUAAUGUUCUAGUUUACAUAUUAUCAUUAAUGAUAAGGUUAAUUCAAAGUGCGUAUUAAACUGGAUAAACACGAGAAUAGAACUUAUGAUGUGUUCUGCAUGCAAAAGGAUAAAAUCCCACAAGCGCAAACGAAACUACUGCUCUAUAAAAUUGAACUGAAAGGACUCAGAGUGACCAUUUUUGGCAGUGCUUCAGGCACCCGCCGAAUCUAGUUUUAUUGGAUCAACAAUACAAUCAAGACAGACAAGAAGAAGAAGAGAAGAACAGACAAAGUCGCAGUGGAGGAAGAACAAGAAGAGUUGGUGGAGCAAGUAGUUACGAAGUGGAGUGAAGCAGCAGUUGAGGAAGUGAUGGAUGUUCAUGGUGAGGCAACGAUUAACGUAGCAACGAUUGGUCAGGCAGCCGCGAUGGAUUUUGCUGCAACUGUUCGUGUCAAUGGUGAGGAGCAGCCAAGGGUUCAUCCUAUUCGCCAGGGUGAGCCGAGGCUGCGUCGUUCAAAUACGGUUGUAUUGCAUACAAACUAUUUGGAGGGUUUGUCCUAUUCAAGCAAUUGUUAAUGUUGUUUGUGUGGAUGUUGUUAAAGCUGUGCAGUCAAUGCCCUAUGGUCGAUAUAGGGUCACAUUUCGUACUAAUGAAGCUAAACUGGCUUUCUUAUCUCAGCCUUUUAACAUUAAGGAUGUGGAGAUCGAAGUGCAGCCGAUUGAGAACCCAAUUGUGGAUGUGAAAGUGUUGUAUGUUCCUAGUGAAGUGCCGAAUAAAGUCGUUGCGGAGUUUCUUGGUAAUCAUGGGAAAGUGGAGACGAUAACACGCGAAAUGACGACGGAGCAUGGUUUCCCCACGAUUGAAACGAGAACAAGAGUCGUCAAGAUGACUGACAUUAAAACCGAUAUCCCGCGAAAGUCAAGAAUUGGACACUUCCCGGUGGAAAUAAGACAUAAAUGUCAACUCCCUCAAUGUUUUCGUUGCCGUUUAUUGGGCCAUCUUGCGAAUGAGUGUCCGAAUGAUGUAGUUUGUUUUAAGUGUGGUUUGUCUGAACAUACUCGUGAUAAGUGUUUCAAAUGUUUUCGCUGUGGCAAGUUUGGUCACGUCCGAGAGAACUGCCCUGAGUUACAGCACCCGCGCGUACCACCCGCUUCUGCUGAUGGUAAUUCCACCGCCCGUGUCGCUGGCACGGUGGCACCAGUAACCGUCGAAUUAAUGGAAACAGAUCGCCGUAACGUGAAUUUAGUAGCCCAAAAAGGGCAGUCCAACAGUUCCGCCCCAGUUAUGUCACAUGGACACCAUGAGUCUCAGGAUCCAUCCACGUCGCAGAUCCCUUCAGAGUCCCAGGUCUCCCCUGUGUCCCAGGCCUCCCCCGUGUCCCAGGUCUCCCCCGUGUCCCAGGAUUCCACUCAGUCCCAACAGCCCAAUGCAUUAUUAAAUCGUGAGUCCCAAGAACUCAACCUGUCCAGUUCCCGUGCAGUUGACUCUUUAAAGGAUGACGGAAGUAUGGAUUUAGAUGCGGAACCGUUGAAGCGGGGACCGGAUGGCAGUACGUGGACAGAGGUACGGAAGAAACCUAAACCUAAGUGA